AUGAUACCAGUGGGUUGGAUCCAGAGUGUAAUGAUAGAAGGCGACUGUCGAAUCGGGCGAAUGCUCUACGGCGACGCAGCUGCCGUGGAGAAGUCUACUCGUUGCUUCCUCAAUUCCCUGUCUUCACCAUCAAGAAGUAAUGGGAUCCUCAUCCCACAGAACCCCGAAGAGGCCACUGUCAUCGAGUGCCUUGUACGGACGCCCGAUAUUGAGGUUGAUCUUGAUUUGACCGAGCCUCUCUUUCCCCUCUCUGAAUCGCCCCCAGAGCACAGUAGCAACAGUGAGCAUGUUGAAAGGGACCAGCAGCCUUCUGCAACAUCGGACUUAACUACUACUUCCUCCUCUCUCACAAAUCUUCAUCGCGCCGCCUCUUACCAACUCGUCUUUGAUGUUUCUGACAACGAAGACGACGAUAGAAUCGAGGAGCCUGCUUUGAAUCGUGCGACUAGUUGUAUCAGCCUCACCACUACAAAACUCGAUGUUAUCCGGCGUCCAUCAUUCCUCAUCCCACCAAAACCUAUCCCCCAGAGGCACAGCAAUCUGUGUAAACUGCUCCCUCUUCGAAAUGAAAUUAGUAGAUCGAAUCCACCGCGAUUAUUGCCAGUAACCGACCCGGUGACGACCAGUAGAGAACCCGCCAGACCCCUGAUCGCUCGAACCGGUUUCGCAAUCAAGGUGAGCCACCCUGCCAUUCAAGUUGGCGGUGAGUCCAAGUUCCCUCAUACUCCUUCAGUACCUAAGCCCUCGCCCUCCAUCAGCCGACCCACGCAUGACUUUCUGACCGCCAAUGGCCAGCGAACACCCAGGCUCCCCUCGGGUAUUCCUAUUUACAUGAAAAAAGUCCCCAACGGUAGUGGACUACGGCGUAGAAGCAUACCUCUGUCAAUUCGGUAA